GGGCGUUUGGGCUCGGUCGCGGUGGACUCGGCGGCGGCGGCGGCGGCAGCCACGCGCAGCACGGAGGAGGAGGAGGAGAGGCUCGAGCGCGAGCACUUCUGGAAGAUCAUCAAUGCCUUCCGCUACUAUGGCACCAGUAUGCAUGAGCGAGUGAACCGAACAGAAAGACAGUUUCGAUCACUUCCAGCUAAUCAACAGAAACUCCUUCCUCAGUUUCUUCUCCACUUGGACAAGAUCCGGAAAUGCAUUGAUCAUAAUCAAGAAAUACUACUGACCAUUGUGAAUGAUUGCAUACAUAUGUUUGAAAAUAAAGAAUAUGGAGAAAAUGGGAAUGGGAAGAUUAUGCCAGCAUCUACAUUUGACAUGGAUAAGUUAAAAUCCACAUUGAAACAGUUUGUGAGAGACUGGUGUGAAAGUGGAAAAGCAGAAAGGGAUGCCUGCUACCAGCCAAUCAUUAAAGAAAUUUUAAAAAAUUUUCCAAAAGAGAGAUGGGAUCCUUCUAAAGUAAAUAUUCUGGUACCUGGUGCUGGACUAGGAAGACUGGCCUGGGAAAUAGCUAUGCUAGGUUAUGCUUGUCAAGGAAAUGAAUGGAGUUUUUUUAUGCUAUUUUCUUCCAACUUUGUACUCAACAGAUGUUCUGAAAUUAAUAAAUAUAAGCUUUAUCCCUGGAUCCAUCAGUUUAGCAAUAACCGGAAGUCAGCUGAUCAGAUUCGACCCAUCUUUUUCCCCGAUGUUGACCCCCACAGUCUUCCUCCUGGUUCUAAUUUUUCUAUGACAGCAGGAGAUUUUCAGGAGAUAUACUCAGAAUGCAAUGCCUGGGACUGUAUUGCUACCUGUUUCUUCAUAGACACAGCUCACAAUGUAAUUGAUUAUAUUGACACAAUAUGGAAAAUACUCAAACCAGGUGGAAUUUGGAUAAAUCUAGGUCCUCUGCUCUACCACUUUGAAAAUUUGGCGAAUGAACUUUCCAUAGAAUUGAGCUAUGAGGAUCUAAAAAACGUUGUUCUGCAGUAUGGAUUCCAGCUAGAGGUGGAAAAAGAAUCUGUCUUGUCAACAUACACUGUGAAUGACCUCUCCAUGAUGAAAUACUACUAUGAAUGUGUCUUGUUUGUGGUUCGUAAACCACAAUAAUGGUCAAAGUGAUAUCACCAGGAAAAAAGUUUAAUAAGAGCAAAUCCUGAAAUAAACACUCAAAAUCAACUAUCAAAUGACAGGACACAACCUCAAAUCAGUGGUGCCUUCUUAUUCCUAACAAAGUUUAGAAAUAGUGUCUAUUUUCUUAAUAUGUCUAUUGCUUUUUCAGAAAUAUACUAUGCCAUGAAUAUUUGUACUACACAAGUAAAAGUGGAGGAAGUAUCUUAGAGUUUACUUUUUCCUUGAAACCCAGAAUUGUCUUUCAGUAGAAAAAACUUUAUCUCUAGUGUUUUCAUGAAGCUGUCCGUUCCAAGCUGCCAUGCUAAUGACUAAUAGUAUUGAAGUAAUAACCUCCUUUUUUUUUUUGUAUGUAUUGCACAUGUUAUUUUUAGAAGAGUCUAAGGAUCCUCUUAUUCAUCAUCUGGAAUUGAGACUUUUAUUCACUUGGACCUAAGCAGUCUAUACAUAAAAUGUGUGUCUUUUAUUCUUUUAUUCACAUCUCUUUUUUUUGUAGCUCAGUUGAACUUCGGGAAGCAUCAAACCCUUCAUUUUUAUGAAUUACCGAACUUAAGAGUAUCACUGGCCAGUAAAAAUGCAUUGAAAUAACCAAGAAAUUAGUAAGUCUUUUGGCCUCACUAAACUGAACACUUUCUGAAAGCAUAUUCAUCAUGGAUCACUCUGAAAUGUAUGAAGAUCUUAACAAUCUGAGUAAAAAAAAUCCUUUAUUAAAGGUACUGUUAGGGAACUCGGGAAAUAAGAAAAAAUUCUGCUUAUUUGAAAUGAUUUCAAACUAUAAAUGAAUACAGUCUGUCAGUGAGAUGUUUACAAUAAUGUCUUUUCUUUAGAUUACCUGGAUAC